AGUGAGUUUGAAUCCAACUUUUGGGCAAAGUAGCCCGGGUUCCUAGUGUGCUAUGUCCUCCCAGCUGGAAAGCUUCACCUGCGGCCAACUGUCACCAUUCGCCAGCUGGUGCAACAGAUGCUCGGCCAGCUGGAAGGACACGCACGUCAAUCUGGUGGAGGCGCAGGCGCGUUGGCAGGUAAACAAACACCUGUAGCACUCGCGGCGAGGUAAACAAGUGCAGGGCGCAGAUGCGCCAAAUGUCAGGGCAAGCGCACUGGGUGGAAAGAAGAGUGCGGCAAAUGGCCAAAAGCGAGAGACAAGGGUUGUCCCUUUUCGGCUAAGGUAUGUUGGGCAAAAGAGCUUUAAGCUGGCCCAGAAACGUUAAAAGAAACGUCAAAACGGCCACGACAGUGUAGAGAGAAAAGUUUUCGCUGGCCAACAACACACACACACGGAAAAGUGCUAGGUCGCGCGAUAAAACUGUGGAAAAUUAAUUUAGAAAAUUGGAAAAACUUAGCAAAAUACAAUGUACAGUGCUUGAGUGACGGCGAGUAUUGAGUAGCAACUGAAGGUAUCCCCAGUGAAGACGCGGGUGGUAUGCUACCGGAUGGCCAGGGCAGGUGGCCAAAACCGAGCUAACGGGAUAUGUGGUGCAAACGUGGUGCGUGCGUGUUGCCUGUGAGUGUGUGAAUGUGUGUGUGUGCAGGUACAAAGUAGGCUAAGAAAAUCGCAGAGCCUGGUAUUUAUGUCGCGCUCCCGCUGGAUCGACCACCAUCAUCAGCAGUUACUAGAUCAUUGGACACCGAGGAUAGCGCUGCUCAAUCAUCAUGGCCUGGUCCCGUCUCCUGGCCUGGUGGCGCCUCUGCUUGGGCCUGCUCUCCGUUCUGGUCUGUUUGGCACCGUGCGUCAAUCUGCAGCCAGCCGAGAACAUCAACUACAAUCUCGUUCAUUCGUGGGCCGACAAAUUGGGCAUGGAGCUGUUUCAUCUGGGCGAUUUCAUCACCAGGCGCAAGGAGGUGCAAGAGAGUUUCAAGGAUGCAAAGGUCGUUUCGCGCAACGGCGCUUCUAUUGUCGAUUCGAUGGCCAAGGAAAUCGAAAUGAUGAUGGACCUAAAAGUCAGUGCAGUGAGGCGAAUCAUGGACACGGCUGAGAACACGGCGUUGUCGCAUCAGAACGACAUGGCGGACAAGAUGUUCUCCUAUUAUAGUGCCAAGGAGAUGCUGGAGCCCGGCGAUCCAGUCCCGCCCAUUCCCACACCGGCUCCCGACAUGGACAAGGAUAUAGGCGAGCCGCUGAUCUACGUCCAGCCGAAGGUGGUGGUGUUGGAACCGCGUCCGGAAUUCCACAAUACUCCGGUCAACUUUAGCGUCAGUUCGGUCCACGUGCCAGUCAAUGUGUUCGAUCGAGCACCGGAUGUGAUAAAAGCAAUUCAGUGGUCGGAGAAUUUGGAUCAGAUAUUCCGUGACAAUUACAAAAACGAUCCGACAUUGUCGUGGCAAUUCUUUGGCAGUUCGACUGGCUUUAUGCGUCAAUUCCCUGCAUCGAAGUGGCGAAAGGACGUACCGGUCGAUCUAUACGAUUGCCGACUACGCUCCUGGUACAUGGAGGCGGCGACGAGUCCGAAGGAUAUUGUUAUCCUGAUGGAUGGAUCCGGUUCAAUGUUGGGACAGAGGCUAGAUAUCGCAAAGCAUGUUGUCAAUACGAUACUCGAUACAUUAGGUACAAAUGACUUUGUGAACAUCUUCACCUUUGAUAAGGAAGUGAGCCCAGUCGUCCCAUGUUUCGAAGACACACUGAUUCAAGCCAAUCUGGGCAACAUACGCGAACUGAAAGAAGGGAUUGAACUGUUUAGACCCAAAUCGAUCGCCAAUUAUACCGCUGCAUUGACAAAGGCAUUCGAGCUAUUGGAAGAGACCAAGUUGAGUUCGCGCGGGGCGCAGUGCAAUCAGGCGAUCAUGAUCAUUGGCGACGGGGCGCCGGAGAACAAUCGCGAGGUCUUCGAGUUGCACAAUUGGCGGGACCCGCCGUACAAGCCGGUCCGUGUGUUCACCUACCUGAUUGGCAAGGAGGUGGCCAAUUGGGAUGAUAUACGGUGGAUGGCGUGCGAGAAUCAGGGCUACUACGUCCACCUCAGCGACACCGCCGAGGUGCGCGAGAUGGUCUUGAAUUACAUACCGGUUAUGGCCAGGCCGCUCGUCCUGGGCAGGCACGAUCAUCCGGUGAUUUGGUCGCAGGUCUAUGCGGACAUCGAGGACACGAAGCUAUCCGACUAUCUGUGGGACAUUAAUCAGUGCGAGUACCAGAAGGCCGAUGUCCUCGAGUAUUGGCAGGUGCACGAUCGGAUGCUGGAGCCCAGCGAAAUGCACCGCCGGAAGUACAGAAGGAUGAAGGAGACCUGGAACCAGCCGGUGGACUCGAAUGUGUACCAAUUUAUGACCACCGUAUCGAUGCCCAUCUACGAUCGUCGCGAGAACGCGACUAGGAUUGCGAAUAUAUUGGGCGUGGCCGGCACGGAUGUGCCCAUCAAUGAAAUCAAAAAGCUGCUGUCGCCGUUCACGCUCGGCGUGAAUGGCUAUGCGUUUAUAGUAACCAACAAUGGUUAUGUACUAUUCCAUCCAGACUUUCGUCCAAUUUUCCAAGGCUACAUAUUAAAGCCAGCAUACAAUAGCGUUGACAUGAUUGAAGUCGAGCUAUUGGAUGACGAUCGACCCGCCAGAGACUUUAAUCCAGUGCUGAUGACGAUAAGAGAUUCUAUAAUCAAUCAAUCGACAGGCAGCAAAUGGAUGUUAGUCAAAAAUCAUUUCGAUGAAAUGAAACGGGUGGCACGCGUAAAGCGACAAUACUACUGGACGGCCAUCAAGAAGACGCCCUUUACUCUGGUCAUUUCCUAUCCGGAGCAAUACGGCGUGAGUCACAUGGACAUCCGAGCUGACCAGGAGAUCCAUCGCAUAAGCAUAAAGGGCACAAACUUGCGCAGCGUUUUCAGCGGCAAGCGGUGGAAAAUUCAUCCCGACUGGCUAUUUUGUAAGCACAGCAACAGGACAUUCAAAACGCCAGAGAUCGAACUGCUGUACUUUCUCGAGCGUAUGUCUGAGCCUGGCUGGCGAUGGCCGGGUAGUCGGAGUGCUAUGCCCCCGGAGCACGCGGCCGCCAUGUUUUGCGAUCGGCAGCUAAUGCAGGCUCUGGUCUUCGAUGCCCGAGUCACCGGGUGGUUCUCCAACAAUACCAGCUUUAACUCCAAGGACGACAAAGGAAACGAAUUCAAGCAGCGUUUUGGCGUCACCGUCGCCUUUUUGGCCACCCACAGUGGUCUCACCCGCUGGCAUGAGUUCCACUCGAAUGCUGCCGAGGAAUCCGGAGUCGGCGAGACUUUUAGCCAAAAUAACACGCGGGCCAUCGAUGAGAUUUGGUACAAACGCGCCGUGGACCAACAUUUUGUGCGGGAGGAGAGCUUCGUUUACUCCGUGCCCUUCGAUGCGGGUGAAAGCAACUCAGAGAUCCUGGUGACCGCCAGUCAUGCCGUUUUCCACAAUGAGGGCGGCAAGACUGCACCGGCGGCUGUUGUGGGCUUCCAGUUUCAGCAUUCGGCGCUCUACAAGCUCUUCCACAACAUCACCGGCAAUGCCUGUGCCGUGGAUGACAAAGACUGCUAUAUACUGGACAACAAUGGCUAUGUGAUCAUUUCGACGAGGGUCCACGAGACGGGUCGAUUCUUUGGCGAGGUGAACGGAGCGAUCAUGAAGCGACUACUGGAGGAGAAUGUCUACAGGCAGGUCACUGUCUACGAUUACCAGGCGGUGUGCUUCGAGUCCAAGAACGAUAACAACGCCUCCAGCAUGCUGCUUUCGCCCCUGUUCCAUCUGCUGCGCGUGGGCAAAUGGCUGCUGCAUACGGCGCUGUGGUAUAUUGUACAACUGUUGCAGUGGGCGCCCGGUGUGUCCAGCCACUAUGCGGAUAUGUAUGGUGACUCCAACGACACGGAGCCACCGCCGCCGGAGCCGCAUCCGGAUCACCAUGCUCGCAACGGCAAUGGGCAUGGGAAGAAGGACGAUGACCACUGGCUGCGCUACUUGACACUCCAUCGCACCCGGCUCAAGCCGUGCGACAUGAAGCGCGAUCUGUACACGCUGUUCAAUGAAAAGGACAACGUUGUCUACAAUAUGACAGCCCAUGCAUGUGAGCGGCCAUUUGUCGUCCUGCCCAUCCCGUUCAGCAACCUCAUCCUGCUGGUCAUCGACCAGCUGUGUCCCAGGGACGGCUCAGUCGUCCUCACGGUGAAUCCGCAGCCGAUCGACUAUCAUCUGUCGGUCAACGAUUCGUUGGCAUGCUACAAGCAGGCUCGCGAGUUCAACCGCAUGCGACCACACAGCUGCAUCAGUCGGCACGCGAACGAGAGCGGCAUUAAGCUGUGCGGAAAGGCCUGCUCCGUGUACGCCAACCUGGGGCUGCUGCUCCUCUGUCACAUACUGAGUCGUUGGCUGUAACGGCGGAAGAUGGAUUUAGCUUAGAUCUAGGCAAUAUGUUUUUGUAUUAUAUACGAAGGGCAAUCGAGGAGGUGGGAAAAUUUUUUACUCUAACGCUUGAGCGCAGUUCAAUAUUUUUGGUCACCUAGAGAAACUUUUCCAAAUUAGUUCUUAAGUAGCUAAAUACGAGUAUCCGUAUCCGCGACCGAAUCCGGAAGCGGAUCCGCAUCAGAGAACGCGGACAGUGUGUGCCGCCUAUGACGGACUGGGCGCAGGGCUUAUUGUAGACCUUCCAAUAGACAGGACAAAAACAUAUAUUUACUGCAUUAACAUAUGAAUAUAAAUAUUAUAUAUUGUAUAACUGAAAAUUCCAACAACGGCCUUAAACGACUUGCAACCUUCAAGUAAGCUGAAUGCAAAGCGCUGUCAUCCAGGCGACAAAACUCAUGGCACACACUGUACCCAAUGCCGACUACUGCCCAUGGUUAUGCGUGUGUGUUUGUGUGUGUGUGUGUGUGUGUGUGUGUGUGAGUGAGUGAGUGUGUGCGUGGUGUGUGUGUGCAUGUGUGAGAGUUAGUCCUAAUCUAAGAAGGCCACAUUUGUAAGUAACACCUAGCUACGAGUUUAUGUUUAAAGAACGGAUCAAGAAACCUAUCGGUAAAGGCGAAUAAUGGAACCAUUUAAUUAUAUAUACACACACUCAUACGAUAAUACGAUAUAUACCUACGAGUACGCCCGGUACUGUACAUGCUAACUAAUUUAAGUAGCUUUUGUAUAUUUGCUUAGCCUAGCCCAGAGAAAAACUAACCGAAAGUUCAGCCUCGGAGCCUUGGAAAACUACAUACUUUUAUAGACAUUCGUUAAAAAGGACAUUGUAGGCCACUCAAGAACAAGCAAAACCAAAAAGAGAUCCGAUUUAAAGGCAUUGUUUUUAUAUACACUGAUGAUGACGAUACCUAGCAUUACCCACAAGUACCUACAUACAUAUAUGAGAAAUACUUUUUAUUACUAACUACUUGAUACGAGCCACAGAACUGAGACGAUUGAGUAAACGCAGCAGCAUCUAGCGACUAAAUUAUUAAUAAUACUACACUUAAACCAUUGACUAGUUGAAAUUUACCAUAACAAACUAUCGUACAUCUAGACAAACAAACUCUCAGCCGAAAGGAUAUCUCCUCCGAUCGGAACAGAACUCGCUAAGCUUUAGACACCCCACAUUUCCCCAUGGUAGUGUAAUCAACUUGUGCCAUUCGAACUGCCUAGUAUUUGUUAUUAACUAUUUAAUAUGGAAUCGGAAGUACGUUUAACCCCCUUGCAGGUUGUCUCACCACAUCCCUACUCAUUUUGUACAUUUCGAUUGAAAGUAGGGUAAAGCAAAUAUCAAACUAUGCCAAGCUUGCAGGCCUCUUUACCAGAACAUUUUAGCCCGAUCUCAAGUUUAAACUCUUCUCACAGACACAAACGAAACAAAGGAUACAAACACACUCGCUGGCAGCCACAAUUGUACUACAUACAUAAACAUAUUUCGAAUUCAAUCAAAUACAAGUAAAACCAUUUGUCUAAUGUGCUAAAAGAAGAAACUGAUAAUAAACACAAGAUAAUUUCGAAAAUC